AUGGUCACCAUCAAGCCGGGGUCUCAGCAGGACCUCCAAAUCGGAUGCUAUAUCAUAUUCGGGGUGGCUAUGAUCAUGGUCGGCUUGAGGUUAUACGCCCGACAAUUCUUGCUGGGCAAGUUGGGAGCUGAUGAUAUUUUAAUCAUUUUAGCCUCGAUUGUCGCGAUCGGGGAGUUAGUAACUGUGCCCAAUAUGUACGAAUGCGGGAUUGGCCUUCAUAUUCUAGAAUUGACACGAAACCAGCAUGAAUGUACGCGCAAGUGGGCAUGGAUAUCGCAGGUUCUCUACUACCUCAGUCUCGGACUGGCUAAAGGCAGUAUGGUCGCAUUAUACCUACGAUUAGCCUCGAACAGAACCCACGUUAGAUUUCUCUACGUCGUUGGCGCAGUUAUACUUAGCCAUGGAAUCGCAGCGACCCUCGUGGCAAUCUUCAUCUGCAAACCGAUGUCGCGCCUAUGGACCCCCGAAUACCCAGAAGGAUGCCUUGACAUGACGAGCUUCAACUAUUUCAACGGCGCAUUCCACGUCACAACAGACAUCCUCCUUGCACUUCUCCCAAUUCCCAUCGUAAGAAAGCUCCAAACAAACCGUCGCCGAAAAAUCGGCCUAAUAAUCGCCUUUGGCAUCGGCAUCCUAACCAUCUGCGCAUCAAUCUCCCGCCAAAUCACAACCGUCAUGGCGCUAAGAUCGCAAGACUUCCAAUGGCACUGGUCCGCCGCCGAACUCACCACCUGCCUCGAAAUAAACAUGUCCCUCAUCUGCGCCUCCGUCCCAGCAAUGCGAUCCCUCUUCAAGGUCUAUUUCGGCAGCAACAGCCUCACAAACAGGCGCGCAUACGAACACGAACUCAACGAUCUAUAUACGCAGGGAAGCGGUGCACGGAAGGCUCUAACGGAUUUCAGUAACCUGGAAGCAGCACGACGACAGACCCGGACGAAUACCGUCAGUAGGCAUAGAUCUGUUGACAGUUUUGACUUUUUGUGCGGGCAGAAAGAUGGGGUGGUGCAGACUACAGAGUUUCGGGUUUCCUACGGGAAACGAGUGCCUUUGGCUUAG